AUGGAAUUAAAUUAAGCAAUAAAGUUUUCAGAUCAUUUCAAGAAAGAACAAGUCUAGAAGAAGCAAGACAAAUUUAUCGAUGAGAAUCGAGCAAGAGGCAUUAUUAUAAAAUCCCUAUAUUUCUCAAAAAAUGACAAUCAAUUUCAUAACGAUGUCAAGAAGCAUUUAGCUUACGAGCAUGUUCUUUUCUAUUUGGACGAAGAUAAAAAUUUAGCACAUAAAAUUAAGCAGGACACUUAAUUUUCUAUGGAUGAUUACCAUAUUAGAGAGGAAAUAAAGUAGAUGAAAAAUGAAAUAAGGUAGCAUAGAGCGCUUAAAAAUUUGAUGAGUAUAGUUUAAAGAGAUGAGAAUGGGAAUCCAGUCGAAGGCGAAGAUGUUGAUGGACAAUAAGAGCAAGAAGAUUAUGAUGACUUUUCGAUGUCAGUGUCUUUUGACUAUGGUUACAAUGACGAAUAUGGAGUUAGAGAUUAUGAAGGAUAUCAAAUGGAAGACCAAGAUGUAGAAAAUAUAAUUGACUUUUAGAGAGAUAGAAUUGCUGAAAUGAGAGAAGAAGAUGAAGAAAAAUAACAAGAGCUAUAGUCACUGCCCGCAGGAAUCAUUUGA